UUAAUUUACAAGCUACAAUGUCAACAUUACCAAAAUUAGUGCCAAAUUCAUUAUAUUCAUUUUCCAAUCUCCACAUUUCAUCGAAUGCUCCUUUCUCUGCGCCGCCUGUUGAAAACAGCAAUAAAAAACAAGAGACAGAUCGUAUUUUCUUUGGGGAAAGUUUCAACGAAACGCAGCCUUAUUUCUCAAACAACAAUUCUCCGAUUGGAAGUGUUAGUGACUUUAGCAAUUUGAUGAAUCUUCGGUCUUUUCCUCCUUUGUCUUCUGAAUUGCCUCCGCCACUUUCUGCUCCACCUUUUCAUUCUUGCACCAAUGGGGGUGGUUUUGCUGGAAUUCGUGGUGGAGGAAGUGCUGGUUGUAGUAGUGGAAAUAGUGGAAUGGUUCAGGGUGGUGGUACUGGAACUCGCUUCCGUUUUACUAAUCGCCCCACCUCUCAGCCGGUCUAUUUUUCUUUGAAAGUGUUUCUUGGUGGAAUUCAGGCAUCGUUGACUACAAGUUUGUUUUUCUUUUUUUAUUUAUUAAUAUGGGUACUCUGGGAGAUUGCAAAUCUUAUGUCAUUAGAAAGAGUUUCGGAUUGCGUUGAUGCCGAAAUUAGCCGUCACUCAACGGUUGAGAUACACAUCUGA